UCGGUCCGGCAGGACCGCUGUCCCCAGCAUGGCGGCGCCCAGCGAAGUGGCCGCGGCGGUCCUCGGGGAGGGCGAUGGCGGGGGUUUUGGAUCCUGGCUGGACACACGGCUGGAGGCGCUGGGGGUGGACCGAGCCGUUUACGCCGCUUACAUCCUGGGUGUCCUGCAGGAGGAGGAGGAGGAGGAGAAGCUGGACGCCCUGCAGGGCAUCCUGUCUGCUUUCCUGGAAGAAGAGUCUCUUCUUGAUAUCUGUAAGGAAAUUGUAGAACGAUGGUCAGAAACUCGGAAUGUCAGCACUGAAGUAAAAAAAGAAGAUGAGGUGCAGGCCAUCACCACCUUGAUUGAGAAGCAGGCCCAGAUCGUGGUGAAGCCCCGGGUGGUUUCAGAAGAAGAGAGGCAGAGGAAAGCCGCCCUGCUGGCCCAGUAUGCCGAUGUGACGGACGAAGAGGAUGAAGCAGAUGAGAAAGAUGAUUCAGGCUCUUCAACAACAAACACCGGUUCUGACAAAUCCUUGUUCCGAAACACCAAUGUGGAAGAUGUUCUCAAUGCUCGGAAAUUGGAGCGAGACUCACUUCGGGAUGAGUCCCAGAGGAAGAAGGAACAGGACAAACUGCAGAGGGAGAAGGACAAACUAGCCAAGCAGGAGCGCAAGGAGAAGGAAAAGAAAAGGACACAGAGAGGGGAACGCAAGCGAUAACCUUGACCCAUUCUGCCCCUUCCACCCAGGAAUUGUGUGUCUGUGUAUUUAAGAGAACUGAAACUAAUUCUCCAAAUUUCCCUAAGGCUUUCCCCCUUUGUUUACAUUUUCAAAAGGAAGAUCCAUAUCACUUGUCGCUACAAAAUGUGUCAUGUUUUGGUGGUGUGGGCAAUCAAUUAUACUAUCUUUACCAAAGAUCUGGAAUUAGGGUAACCUAUCUUAGUACUGAAAUCCUGUGCUCUUCUGGCUUGUUUUUAAAAAAAAGUCUUCCCUCACUUUGUAUAAUUAGCCAGAUUCAGAAAGCUAACAUCCUGAAGGAAAAAUGACCAUUCCUUCUGAGAGUUAAAAAAAAAAAAAAAAAAGCAAAUUGCUUUUGAGGCAAUUAUUUGCCUCAAAAUAUUGUGGGUUUUUGUUUUUAAGACAGGGUUUCAAUCUAUAGUCCAGGCUGGCCUUGAACUUGUUGCAGCGUCCUUGCCUCAGCUUUUCAGCCUUAGGAUUUGGGGGCAUAAAGCGCCCCAUCUGGCUUGUAAUAAUAUUAUUUUAUGGCUGAAAUGGCUAAUGAGUCCUACCUAGAUCCAGAUUUUAUAAGUCAUCAAAUUAGGGACGUGGAAGAAAUUAUUUGGAGUGUGAUAUAGAUCUAAGAUUUUUUUUUUUUUAAAUGUGACAACUUAGGCUCAGGCUGUAGUUGUGUUGAAUGCCUGCUUAGCAUAUACAAGGCCCUGGGACUGAUCCCCAGUAUGGAAGAAAAACUUAAGCUAUGAGAGAAACAAGUAUCUUUUUAAGAUACUUGUUACUUUUUAAGAGAGCUACGAAUUUUUCAUGUAGUCUGUGACUUCAAGAAGGAUGUGUCAGUUUGGAUAUAUCAUUGUUAGCUAGAUUCAUUUUUUUGUAGUCAUGACUUCCCUUGAAUCCCCUCUUGAUUUUAAUCUUGAUUUAUCCUGAAGGCAUGUAAAAACCUUUUAACAUUGUGACAUGACUUUUUAAAAACCUUGCAAAAAAUGAUGUUUUUAAAGUAAAUUUCUGAUUUUGUGUUAGGCCAAAUUUACAGCUGUGCUUGACCACAGGUUGGACAUACCUGCAACAUGAGCAUUAAGACCUAAUAAUUCCCCGUUUAGGGAAACUGAGGGAAUUACAAAACAAUGGAAAUUUUGCUAAUACAGAUACUUAAAAGUAUAUAUAGUUGGUGGUUAACAAAUUUAUGAAAUGAGUGAAUGAAAAAACUGAUGAGUGAAGGGUGAACAGAAAUUCUCAGUUCUGCUGUCACAGCCACAUCUAGUUGUAAAUAAAGUCCUUUACUUGACUUUGGGCAAAAGCUGUUAAAAGCCUCAAGAGAACAAUUUCUCUGACUAGAUUAUUUUAUACCAGGGGUCAGAAGAUACCACUCACAGGCCAAGUUUGGCCUAGUGAUAUUUUGUAUGGGGCAAACUAAACAACAAAAAUUUUUUUUUACAUUUUUAAAAGGUUAUAAAAGAAAGACAUUCAUGAUUGAGACCAUAUGUGGCCUAUAAAACCUAAUAUUUACUUGUAUUUGGAGCAAGUUUGUUGACAUGUUUUUGUAUCAUUAGCUACCUUUGUGCAGAAGAAAACAAAACAUGGUUAAGGAGAGGAGAUAUGCUACCUCUUUGUCCUACAACCUGACAUUGCAAAAAUAACCACCUUUUUCUUUCUUUUUAAAUAAAUUUUAUUUAAGUCA